UUCUAAAAGGACUACUAAACCUUAACUUUUUGGAUUUUUGUCUGAGAUUAAACAAAUUGCAUAGUGGUAGUCCUGGUAUUCCCCUGGCAGAAUGGACUAUCGUAAUGAAUGCUGCUUCUGUGACCCAGAGGAAGGUCACAUGGGGGCAGACGACCUUCCUCUUCACAGUAUCCAUGCUCCAAAUCGAGUCCGGCCUUCAUCCUACAGAGCCCUGAGGAGCGCUGUGUCCAGUCUGGCAAGGAUUGAUGACUUCUUCUGCGAAAAAAUAGGAUCGGGAUUCUUCUCCGAGGUCUUCAAGGUGCAGCACAGGAUCACAGGCCAAGUCAUGGCUCUGAAGAUGAACACUUUGGCCUCUAAUAAAGCCAAUAUGCUGAGAGAGGUGCAGCUCAUGAACAGACUCUGCCACCCAAACAUACUCAGGUUUCUGGGCGUCUGCGUUCACGAAGGCCAGCUCCAUGCUCUCACAGAGUACAUAAAUGGUGGGAACCUGGAGCAGUUGUUGGACAGUGACCUGUACCUGUCAUGGAGUGUGAGGAUCGGCCUGUCUCUGGACAUCGCACAAGGACUCAAGUAUCUACACAGCAAAGGGAUAUUUCACAGAGAUCUCACCUCUAAGAACUGCCUGGUGCGCUGUGACAGUGGGAUGUUCACUGCUGUGGUCGGAGACUUUGGACUGGCAGAGAAGAUCCCAGACUACAGUGGUGGUGUGAAUAAGCAACCUCUGGCCAUUGUUGGCUCCCCCUACUGGAUGGCCCCAGAAGUUCUGAGAGGAGAGCUUUACGACGAGAAGGUGGACGUGUUUGCUUAUGGCAUCAUUUUGUGUGAGAUUAUUGCCAGAAUUGAAGCAGAUCCUGACUUCUUACCAAGGACAGAGGACUUUGGACUUGAUGUGGUGGCGUUUGAAAACAUGGUUGGAGAUUGUCCCUCUGCGUUCUUCAGCCUUGCUGUGACCUGCUGUAAUAUGUGUGCGGAGAGGCGACCCACUUUCUGCGACAUCGUCUUUUCUUUGGAGGGAAUGAAUCUUGAGGAAGAGAAGGACAAAACCAUUGCACUUGAGCCAGGGGUCACCGACAUGAGCCCGUACCGCCACCGCAGCUCACCCUGUCACCAUGGCAACUGUGUCCAACAACAACAAAAGGGUCUAGCCCGAAGUCAGUCGGACAUGCUGCCGCCCUCUCUCCUCACCCCUCCUCUGGUCGGAACUCCGGCUCGAGUCAACCCAUUCUCCCUGAGACAGGACUUAAACGGGGGCAAAUGCAAACUCUUAGACACGCCAAGCAAAUCUGUGAUAAGUUUAACAUUUACUUUGCCUGCUCUGAGGGAUCCGUGCAUGUCUCCGCAUCUAUUCAGAUCAUCUCCUGGUGUUAGAGCGCCCCCUAGGAGGUGUCAGUCGCUGCCAUGUACGCCAGAGCUGAGCCGGACAGUCGUUUUGCAAAGCGAGAAAGAUAAGAAACGAAAUGACGAACAAACUAAAGUAGAAAUCGAAGAAAAUGAUUUGAAUUUCGAAGCAGCUGAUAGCAAUGCAGUGAGUGAAGAGGUGAGGAGAGAGGAUACAAGUUUACCUGUUGAAUUGGACAUGGUUUCGUUAGAGCGAUUGGACGAGGAAGACGAGGGAGAGGAAGAGAAUAGCAUUCAAAUCGAGCCUAUGGACUGUACAAAAUCUCCAGAAUGCGCAGAAUCAAAUUCAACCGCCAUACCCCUCCUUACCUCUGCCUCUUCUUGCCUACGAACUAACUGCUGGCGCAUCCCUAUUUCAAAUGGACCUCCGACUUUGCCUCCUUUGCCGCGAAUGGACAACAAUAACCAAACUUUCGCGCAGUGGGUCGGAGUAGGAACGCAGUCAAAAGGCUACGCUCCAGCUGCACCCCUGUACAAUCCGGACCGCACGGAGCAGAGUGAUGAUGUCAUUUCCUGUCCAGGUUGCUGCCUGGUUGGACUGAGUUUACCAUCGAUUUGCCUGCGUGGUUCGACCGGAAUGACGACUGCAGCUGUGGAGAGGAGAAGAGUGUCCAUACCGAAGCAAAGAGGGAAUUGGAAUUUAAAUGGGACGAUAUCGGGAGGGAGCGGGUCUGAAUCUACAACGAACAGCGCGGCCAAAGCUUUACUGUGUAGGGGUACGAAUGGGGUAACUGCAGUAACCUGUGUACCGCGGGAACCAGGGCUGCCGCUACCAGAGGCUCAGACAUAGUGUUUAAACAAGCACAGUUUAAACAAGCAUAGAAUGUAAGCAGACAGGACAGCAGUGGAAAGCCUCUAUAAGUGUUACUACACAGUCUGAAUCAAAUGGUUGGGUUUACAUGAUUAGAAUGAUUUUUAGAUAGAUAUAUACUGCAUUAAAUAACUGGCAGAUCUGGCUGAUUUGUACCUUGAUUUGUUGUCUAUUUUAAACCAGAUGUCCAAUGUCACCCGAUGUCACGGUACCAAAAUUUGUGCUAGUGAGAUAUCGCAACCAGUUAUAAUAUUGAAAUAUUUUAUGCCACUGACACACUAACCCUGAAGCGGGAUAAUUCCCUACCAACAUUUUUAUUUUAAACCAAAAUUUUUGAUCUACAGUAUCAAUAAAAAGCUGUAAUAAAUAAACAGUAGAACGAAAUAAGUUACUUAUUCAACCAUCUACAGCACAGAUCUUAACUUAUUACAUACAAAAUAUUUUACAUACAGUACAUUUUACAGGAGUUUACAAAGAGCAUUUUCUAACUAAUUCUCAAUACCAGAGCUCACGAGCAUCUUGUUAGCACAGACUUCUCCCUCAGACAAUCAACACUGCUCAUUACACUUCCAACACAUUCCCAUCUGACGCUGCAGAGGCAAUUGUCAAUCCUUCACUGUUUGCAAAGUACAAAUAUUGUUUUUGACUGGGUAUUGUCAAUUAUGUUUAAUACACUCAAAUGCAAAAAACUAUUCUAUUCAUGGGUUUCAGCUUUUCGUUUUGUUUAGAGAGGGUUUCAACUGUUGUCAUCUGGACACUGCUUUUGUAAUCGAGACAUUUUGGCUUUCAUGCAGAAGCCAUUUUCCAUUUCGUGUUACUGGCUUGAGGCACUAGGAUUUAUACUAUACUCCACCAUUUCUGUUCAGAGGGAUUCUUUCUGAGAAGUGAAGAAAGCUCUUAGAACAGAUUAAAUCUACCAGGUGUUUACAUAAGUGUCCUGAACACUUGGAAUAAGGAGACAGCAAGCAAAUCAAAUGCUAACAAUGCUAUAGGUGAGACAUCCAAUACAUAUCGGGCAUAAUGACCCAUAAUGAUGUCAGCUAGUAAACAAGGGCAGUGCAGUUUAACUCUAAGACUCUUCCCUUUGUGGAGUGGAUUUAGUUAACUCGGACUAAGAUGAAGCCUAGUGCCUCAAGACAGUGCCACCAAAUUGAAAACGGGCCUAGAUGACCACCACUAAAACCUUCUCCACACUGAAUCAUGCUUGAAUGAGGGAUUACCGUCUCGUUCCUGUUUAUGGUGCCAUGUUGAGGACGGUUGACCGUUAAAAAGAUAAUAAUAUUUUGAUUUGAAUUGUUAAUUGUUAUGGCAACAGUCCUAACUUUUCAUCAUUCUAAAACCCAUGGAUAGAAUCAAGUAGAGCAGUCUAAUCAUCCAGCUAGGUAUUCAAAGUUUCUCAUGCGGAAAAUAAAUUGUACCUUUAUCCAUACCUGUGUUCAGACUGUGUAGAGACAGAGGUGAUUACGACGGCACUACCUGCUGGUCUGAAAGAGAAUAGAAAGCGAACAACUAUUGUAUAUGGUCAGGACUAAUGUGUUAAAUGUAGCUCAAAGGUGGAAGGAGAAGUGGCUCUGAAAGUACAUUUGUAAUUACAUUUUUUCCAUAGACUUUUAAUUGUUAUUAAGGGUUUAAUUGUUUAAAUGUUUUUAUCAAUACAUAAAAACACUAAUGUUGAUUACAAAGUUAUCAGGGCUACAUGGUUUUGGGAAUAAAGUAUGAUUGCAUUGAGAAUUUGUUUUCAGUUUAGGAUUCAGUUCACAGUGCAUAUCUGAAAGUGAAAAAGACUAAAAAGUAAAUAUCUAAGUUAGAGAGUUUUCUUCUUAAAAAGAAAGAUUUGCAAAUAAUUGUUAGCCAGGCUGGUGCCACCUAGUGCCUCCGGUCAAUUUCAUUUCUCUCCAGUGACUAGGUCAGGAAUCAAAAUACACUAGACGGUUUGCAAAAACUCCAGAAGUUGUAGAUCGUGCACCGGCCAAUCAACAAAGAGCUGUGAAGCCAUGACGUCAAACUCAAGCCCCUGUCUGGGUCCCUUUUGUGGUAUAACACCACAGUAAACAAAGUGGGUGAGAUGGAUGACAGACAUUCUGUGUUGGUGUCCCGAGAUCGAAGUUUUAAAGCUGGAACAAAGAGCAUGUAUGCUUGAAUUUUAUCAAGAAUCAAGGAAAGAUGUUAUUACCCUUCUUCCUAUGGAAUUUGGCGCAUUACAUAUGUCACGACCAUAUAGCAGCAAUUUGUUAAAUAAAAAAAAAAGUACCCGCCUAUCGUCAAGCAAACAAAUCCUAAUGCUGUGAGGUUAGAUGGUUUCCACAAAGUGAAACCAGCUGAUGAAUCAGGCUAAAUAAUUGUAGCUUUGCAGUAUACAAUUACACCAGAUCAAGUUGUGAUUUCUAUUUGAUUGCAAUAUACUGAGCCAGCCUAAAUGUUUUUUAAAAUUAUUGUAUUUCAUUAUAAUUACACCAGAGCUGAUUUUUUUAAACUUAUGUUUAACCCUUAAUAUGACAUUUUCCCAUCUGUCUAUGGAAAAUAUGGAAAAUAAUGUUACUUUCUAAACCAAGGUUUGAUUGAGCUCCAUAAUCUGAUGAGGAUAUUGGGUAAAAAAACAAAAAACAAAA